AUUGGAGAAGAUCAAUGGAAGCAAAGGUCAAGAAUCAAAUGCAGCCAUGACAAGAAGAAGAUUGCAGUUCGGAGAGCAAUUUUCAGCAAAGGAGCAUGAACAGCAGAUGAACAAAGGUACUGUUCAUCCACCAAGAAGCAUUGAUGGCGGGAACCAGACUCAAAGCGGUGCUCUGAUUAAUGCUAAGCUGCAUGGAGGACACGUUGGACAGACAGCUGGUGCUGCUGCUAGUGCUGGAAAGGAUGUACUCGAGAAUAAUCCAGGAGAAAAAGGGAGGAGUGGAGGCCCACAAACAGUCACACAACAAGGCCAACUCAGUCCAUCUGACUCUCUGGCCUUAACUUCUCUGCCAUACCCGUUAGAGGAAGAAGCAUAUAUUCUGGAAAAUCUGGGCCGUGAAACAGGACAUGGGCUACUUUUGGGCCAACAGAGCCAACAACCUAGUACAGACAAAAUUGGGGUGCCUGGUCAAACUACUAAAAUAUUUGGCCCUUCGUCUUCAACCCCAGAUACCUUUCAUCAGUAUGAGCAUAUGAGAGCUGGGAAGGAACCGCUGCAAGUUGCAAACGCCUAUCAAAUCCCUCAGGCUACUACUACUGCAAACCUACAAUCUGCCAUGGAUCCAAGUGCUAAGAUGCUGCCAGAGGCAUCUCCCAAUUCACACCGCCCUCCACAAAACAACCCGGCUGCUUUUCCCCACAUCUCACAGCUCCCAUCGCCGGCCAAAUCUCUCCCCAAGCGCUCAAGCACCUCUCUCGAUUUCGCCGCUCCGCCGGUGGCGAAGCGAGCGGCGCCGACGACGGGACAAGAUGGAGGAGAAGGCGCUGCCGAUCUGCAGGCGGAGCAGGUCCCUCCCGGUGGCGACGCCAGCGCGCAGGGCCAGAUCCUCUUCGCCCAGAUGCAGCCGCCGGCUUUCGGAGCCGGCUCCUCUCUUGCCGCACAGCUGGAAGGAGGAGGAGGUCCUGGAGAUUUCCCCUCUGCAAAUCAAGGCUUCACCGACCAGAGAGGUGGAGGAGGGAUCCUCGGGGCAAGGCCAAGCUUCUCCAACAAAUCAAGGUCAACCCCCAACCCCUCUCUUUCCGCUUCAAGGAGCAGGAAUCGACGUCGACCUUCAGGCUGGGAUGUUGAAGAAAAUGCCAAUGCUGGAAUUGGCCACGGAACUAUUGGGAUUACUCACCAUAAACCUGGUGCUUCCACCUGGCAUCGUGUUCGCCGGACUGAAGGAAUGGCUAUGGGCAAUGUUGGUGGCAGAGGCGCUGGCCAGGAUCUGGGGAUAUCUGGUGUCCCCAAGGUUGCUUCAAAUUGUGCAUCGCUGGCUCUCAGCAGCUCGGAUGGUCGAGCAGAGCAUGACCCCUGGCCUCUUCACACGCCGUCGCCGUCUCACUCUCUGGCUACGCAGAAUUCUCAACAAGGAGCUUUCUCACCUCCUCCAAUGGCUAGCGAGUACUAUGUGGGUAUGGAUGGCGGUUUUGGCAGUAAUGAAGCCGGAAGCCAGGCAGAUGUUCAAAGCCAAACUCAACUGGGCACCUCUAGCAAUGUUGCUACACAAACUAUGUGCGAAGAUUCUGGGAGAGCAAGCAUGGAACUGGAUCUCGAGGCAGCGGCGCCAGCCCUUAAGGCGCCACGGGCGCCAUGAAGGCCUUAGGAUGGAACUGCCAAGGUAUGGGCAGGACCCUUGGCAGUAACAAGAUGGUUUAUCUUGCCCGGAUGAUCGCUUCCGCUAAACCUCAGCUUUGUAGUGCCCUCUCGAAGACGCUCGGGCGGGCUCUGGUUGAUGUGGAAUGACGAGCUUCAAGUGACUGUGCAUAGUUCUAGUUUCCAUGUUAUCCUAGCUACUGUUGUUUAUAGCACUAGAAACCUUAAGUUUGGCUUAGUUUGUAUAUAUGGUGAUCCGUAUCAUCGACAAACUAGUGCUAUCUGGGAAGAAGUUGCAGCUUUUGUGCAUGAUAACUCAACGCUUCCUAUGCUUUGUAUGGGUGACAUGAAUGAGCUUUUGUAUGAUAUGGACAAGAAUGCCACUAAUAUAAA